CACUUGUUCUGAAGUUUCUGACUGAAGCUUAUAGCUGCUGCAGCCAUUUGACCAGAGUUUGCACAGGCUGAAGACAAUGAUUCCGCCAGGGGAGUGCACGUAUGCAGGCAGGAAGAGGAGGAAGCCUAUUCAGAAGCGGAGACCUGCCAUCGGGGCUGAGACAUCGAACCCAUCCAAGCGGCACCGAGAUCGUCUCAAUGCGGAGCUGGACCACCUGGCCAGCCUGCUGCCCUUCCCACCUGAUGUCAUCUCUAAGUUGGACAAGCUGUCUGUCCUGCGCCUCAGCGUCAGUUACCUCCGAGUGAAGAGCUUCUUCCAAGCUGUGCAGGAGACGUGUACCCUCUCACCUGGAGACAGCCUGCGAGGAGGGACCCCUGUGCAGGAGGGGAGGCUGCUGCUGGAGUCUCUCAAUGGCUUCGCUCUGGUUGUGAGUGCAGAAGGGAUGAUAUUUUAUGCAUCAGCAACAAUUGUGGACUAUCUGGGUUUCCACCAGACAGAUGUAAUGCAUCAGAACAUUUAUGACUACAUCCAUGUGGAUGACCGCCAGGACUUUUGCCGGCAGCUCCACUGGGCCAUGGAUCCCCCACAGGCGAGGUGUGGACAGCCUCCACACGUGGAGACAGCAGAAGACACAGUCUUGAGGAGGCUCCUCAGGGCCCAGGAAGGGGGUAUGGGCUCGCCUCCAGAGUACUCAGCCUUCCUGACUCGUUGCUUCAUCUGCCGAGUACGCUGCCUGCUGGACAGCACCUCCGGCUUUCUGACAAUGCAGUUUCAAGGAAAACUAAGAUUCCUGCUGGGACAGAGGAAGAAGGCACCAUCAGGAACAGCCCUGCCCCCACAGCUCUCAUUGUUCUGUACCGUGGUGCCAGUCCUCCUGCCCUCCACAGCAGACAUGAAAAUUAAGAGCACAUAUCUGAGGGUGAAGCACAGGACAGAUGCGGCACCCAUGACAGACGCAAGGGCAAAAUUGACCAUGAGUCUGUGUGAAUCAGAGCUUCCUGGAAAACCCAGCUACUUAGCAGGAAGGAACAAUGGUGAAAACAGCAUCUCAGUGUUCAGGGCACAAACAGACGCUGGCCACUGGGCCCGGGUUCCAGCCAGAGCCCGGUGCCCCUGUCUCAGGGGCACGGACCUCAUCUUGGAUUCCAAGGGGGCCACAGGGGACAGGGAAGAAACAGAGCAGGACAGGAUGCUGAGUGGCUCCAUAGGAGGGAGGACACGGAGGGAGGCACAUGUGAACAACUGCCACUCAGAGACACCAGUGCCUGGAAGGUACCCAAACUGGAUGACAGAAAAGUGUGGGCAGGAUGGUGGCACCAAGCUGAAGCCACUGCCAGGCAAGAACGAGCCCCUCUCCAUGUGCACCACUUCCCUGGGCUCCUGCAUGCCCCACCCAGGCACUGAGGGCACGUUUAGUGCCAGCAGCCUGGCUACCUUCAGAAAUCCUCCAGGCCAUGUUCCCAACACCUAUUGUAGCCGGAUGAGCAGAGCCUGGCGGGAUAUCUGUCAGGGUCAGCUGCCCCCACCUACCUGUGGCACUAGAAUGCAGUGCUUCACCCCUGGGGGCUACUGCACAGAGGAUGCAAAGCCUCCUGGCCUGCCAAUGCCCCCAGGCACCUCAUGCAAUCCUGUGCUGCCACUGGAGGUACCAAUCAAGAUGGAAAAUGACUCUGGGUCAGAGGACACAACAGAAGGCUGCACCCCUAGCCAGGUGUGGCUAGGAGCCAGUGACAUCGCCAAGAGACAUCUGGCCACUUUCCCCACCAGAAUGCACCUGAAAGCAGAGCCAGACUGUGGGCACCAGGUCUACAACCAGCCCCUCAGCCUGGGCAUGCUGGCAGCCCACCCUCAGAGCAGGGUCACUGCCGGGCCCUGCCGGGAACUGGGCCCAUUCUACCCUAUGCACAGCACCUGUUUGGAGCUGGGGCCGACGCACCUCUGUACCCUGGGCUGCAGUGAGUGCAGGGCAUCGGAGGUAACAACCACUGUCAAGCGUGAGCCCCUAGACUCACCCCCGUGGGCUGCAACUGGGCGGGGUGCUGUACCUGGCAUCUUCCCCAAAAGUGCUUCUGCCAUGCGGAUUCCGCCCAGAGCUGCUGAGGCUCCUUUUCUGCUGUAGAGCUGCUGCCACCCCUCCUGGAGACCACCUGCAUCCACACUCAGACCUGCUGUGGCUGGGCUCCCAGCCCCUGGAUGGGGGACAUGAUCUAGUGCCACUCUUUGUAGAAUUUCAGGAGUGCAGCCAGCAACUGACCCCACAUGGGAGCACGGGCAGAAGUGUGUUCUGAAAUUGAUAUCAUGAAGGUUCUUACAUACAGCCUAUUCAAGUAGGACAGUAUUUCUUUGAAGAAUUAAAAUGUUUGAGGAAGCAGCCAACAGUAUCCAGUGCCCAAGAGGCCGCAAGCCCAGUCCAGAGGACUCCCUGGCUUCUCAGCUCUCUGCUGCCCCCUACCUGCACCAUGUGGCAGCCAAGGGAUGGCAGAUGGCAGCAUAGAGUAACCAGAGGACCCCGUGAGGGAGGAUGGUAGUGAGCCCACCGUGGUACAACCUAAACAGUUCCGGGAGAAAGAGGCUGCCACCCCAGCUCUCAUCCUUCCCCACAGUGCUCCCAGUCAGUCUGAGGCCACCCUCAGUAUGGAGGUGGACAGGGUAAUACCCUGUUCCUUCUAGAAAUCUCACCUUGUUUUCCUGACCUGAGGACAGCUCUGGGAUGUCUCUGUCCCUGGCGCAUCAUGCAGUGGAGCUCAUAGCAUCAGUCAGUGGGCACAGCAAACGGCAGCAGAGGAAAGAGCAAGAGGCCAUGCCAUCCUCCCUGGCUGCUAGGCAUAGCACUUUCCAAUGAGGGCCCCACCAUCACCCUAUGAAGACUUAGGUGUCUGAUAUGCCUUAAAAAUUUUAACAGGAGACAAUCAACUCAGGUAAUAGGAAACCUGGAUUCAAAGAGUGCCUCAGAAAGGAAGGUUGCCAUACUCACCCUCAAGGUAACUCACGGUGGCACAGCUCAGGCUCUCCCCAUGGGUGCUUUGCCCUGGUUGGUGCAGGGCCUAUGAGUAGAGGGAGCCAGCAGCAAGGCUGGGUCCUGCUGCAGCAGCUACCCACCUCCCUCUCCAGAGGUCUUGGGUGUGGCAGGAGCCUGCAGGACUGGGACUUUUGCUUCUCCUCCUCCUCAUCUCUUCAGCACAGACUUACUUUCCCCAUAACCUGUGACUUUGGGGAGCCAGGCCUCAGCCCCUAUUUUCUGUGGACACUGUUUAGCAGAUACACAUCUGCUUUGUCACAACUUGGGUUGGGUUGGCAGACAUUUUCUGCCUAGCUCCUGAGCUGCCUGACUCUCAGGAGGACUCAUGGUGGGCCCAAGAGAGGGCUGUGGGUGUUCACACAGGCACCAGUUUGAAAGACUAGUCACUCAGGGCCUCUACAUCUUUGCCCAGACCACAGCAGCCUUCAAAAGUGACAAAGAAGCUGUGCUGUCAUGGGUGUGACACACAUUCAUGCCCUCCACCUCCGCCAUUGUCUCUCUUGCCUGAAGCAGGAAUGGAGAUGGUGGCACCUGCCUCACCUUCCCUUCCUGCUGGCCCAGGGUCCGCUUGGACCCGUUUCCUUGCAAACACAACUGACAUCUUCUCUCCGAACAUUUAUGGAUUGGGUUGUAAGGGGUGGAUUUCAGACUCAUCCUUCUUUCUUCCCAGCUCUAACCCAGUGCACCGCUCUGGGCUGUGGAGAGCCCUGUAUGCACUCAGACCUGUUGCACCUCACAGAAGGCAUGGCCAAGCACAUGUGCCAUUGUGUGCCCCCUCUCCAGAGGGCUGGGCUGCCUCCCUGUCGUCAGACAGCCUCUGCAUCCCAGCCCUUGUUUCUAGGAAGCAUCGCUGAAAGGGUGGACAAGGGCAGAGAGCAUAGUAGACCAGCAGCACUGCACCUGUGUAACAUGUCCAGCACUGCGUGCAUGUAACAUGUCUGGCACUGCACACACAUAACAUGCCUGGCAGUGCGUGUAGGUACUAUGUCUGGAGUGUUGGGAACUGGAAAAACAUGAGACCAGGGAGAUGGAAUUAAGAAACUUCCUGCACAUCUGCCAAGUGUAGCCAUGUGACCAAAGGAGAGCUGCAGGCCCCUGAAGCCCAGAGAGCCCUGCUGGCUGGGCCACUCUGCCUGCCUUGUCCCAGCCUUUCACAUGUGCCUCAUCUGUGUCCCCUGCUGGGACAGCAGACUCAGAACAGGCCAUGGGCUGCUUGCAAGCCAUGCUUAGUAGACACUGAGCUGGGCAUCUGGACCUGAGCUUUGCAGGGUUAGAUGCCACAUCAUACCAUGGCCCUUGGACACACAGGACCAGGGCUGAUCCUGGCAGCAGAUCCCCCAGAUCUGCACUUUUGUAGUUAGGUAUCAUGUGCCUUCUGAAAACUUACAUGGGAAGGUGAUGAUGGGUUAUGCAAGGUGCAGCUGUGGUCACUUCCACUUCAGGGUAUCACUGUCAGUACUAACUAUAGGCGAAUGUUCUUCUGUGGUGUAUAGCUUUUGCCUAAAUAGCUGAAUAUCAAAAUCAAAGUGGCCUGUGGAGUGGCCUGACAGGGAGGAUAAAUACAAAUUAUGUUUUAUAUGUUACAGCUGCUACUGCAAGAAGGAACUUCUCAGUGUCCAGACCUGCCUGGCAAAGUCUUAAGCAGACACUACAAAGCAGCUCUCUGUGCUGUUA